CUGAGUGAUGAGAAAGAGAUGGGACUGGGCAUGCAUGUCAAGAUUGUCCUGGCGCUCAUCGCGGCACGCUUUGACUCCGUCAAAGCCUCACAACAGUGCAUGGACGUGUCCACGUGGAAGGCGUCUCUGACCGACUUAACCAAGGUGCUGGAGAUUGUGGCCCAGAACGAAGACAUGAAGGUCCUGCGCAACCUGCUCGAAGACGAAGAGAUAUACGAGACCACCGACGGCAAGCCCGUCAUGCAGGUGGCCGGGGAUUUGAUGUCGUUUAUUGAGCGUCUGGAGGAGGAAUGGACACGCUCGCUGCAGAUUAUCGAUCCACACACACAGGAGUAUGUGAACAGACUCAAGGACGAGCUCACGCUCAUGGAGGUGAUCAAGAAGACCCAGGCCAUCCUCGAGAAGGAGGGUGACGGACCUACCAUCUGUCGUGUAUAUAUCCGUCUGAUUGAUCACAUGUACUUCAAGAGUGAUUCGCUUCUGACAAAGACCUUCGCCGCGCUGCGCUUGCGAAGCUCAGAUGAGAAUGCCAAGGCGUAUCCUGAAGAGGCUGAUCCCUUCGGUGUGAUGCUGAAGUAUUGCAAGUACCUAUACAAGCACGACCACAGGUAUAUAUAUAUAUAUUUUCCCAAACUAAUUCCUCAAAUUAAUUCUGCCAUUAGUGCGCGCCUGCGUACCCGCGCCAUGCUGUGCCACAUCUACCACUUGGCCAUCAGUGACGAGUGGUUCAAGGCCCGAGAUCUCAUGCUGAUGAGUCAUCUGCAGGAAACCGUGACCGCGGCCGAUAUCCCCACACAGAUCCUGUUCAAUCGUUCUAUGGUGCAGCUGGGACUCUGUGCGUUCAGACAGGGGCGGAUACCUGAAGCACACUCGUGCCUACACGAGUUGUACGCGUCGUCCCGUCACAAAGAGCUUCUCGCACAAGGUCUGAUGAACACACGCUACCACGAACGUGAUGUGGAGGCCGAGAAAUUGGGUCGUCGUCGUCAAAUCCCCUUCCACAUGCACAUCAACCUGGAGCUGUUUGAGUGCGUAUACAUGACCUGUGCUAUGCUUCUGGAGAUCCCCAACAUGGCUAACAUGGACAAUCGUCGUCGCAUCAUCUCAAAGCCGUUCCGUCGUGUGCUGGACAGUGCGAAGAAACAGACCUUCAACGGACCACCCGAGAACACACGUGAGCACGUACUUGCCGCAGCCAAAUGUCUACAGAGAGGCGACUGGAAGCCGUGCUAUGAGCUCCUAUGCGAAAUCAAGAUCUGGUCUCUAUUAUCGGCCGAUAAGGAUAGAAUCCUGAGUAUUCUCAAGGCCAAGACACAAGAGGAGGGUCUCAGAACCUACCUGUUUGCAUACAGUGGUGUAUAUGCGAGCAUUUCUCUACCUGACUUGGCGUCUAUGUUCGAACUGUCUGAGUCUCAGGUACACGCCAUUGUCUCUAAGAUGAUGAUCAAUGAGGAGAUCCAGGCCAGUUGGGACCAGCCCACGGCCACCAUUGUCAUGCAUCGUGCCGAGCCUACCAAGCUGCAGCACUUGGCUACACAGCUGGCGGAGAAGGACGCGUACUUGGUGGAGUGCAACGAACGGUUACUGGAUAUUCGAUCGGGUGGUUAUGGCUACAAGGACAACAGCAGA